CUGGGCAGGUGAGCGGCUGGAGCCGCUCCUGUUCCGGCCCCGCCGCCAUGGAGCCCGUGGGCACCUGGGGCCCUGCGCAGGCUGCGGCCUGGCUCCGAGGGUUGGACGGUGCCGUGCAGGGUUACCCGUUCGAGGCCUGGGGGCUGGCGGGGCCCGAGCUGCUGGGGCUGGGAGCGGAGGCGCUGGAGGCGCUGGGAGUGCGGAGCCUGGGGCACCAGGAGCUGCUGCUGGAGGCCGUGGAGCAGCUCCGAGCGCUGGAAGCAGGGCUGGGGGGCACCAGCCUGCGGACCCUGACCCGGAGGCUGCGGGACCUGGCGCAGGGCACCCGGAGCCUGGUGCUGGGGGGGCUGCAGGCAGGGGCUGCCCCUCGGCCGCCCUCCCUCACCCUCCUGGCUCACGUCGUGGACCUGGUCCGGGCUGCCAAGGGGCUCUUCUGCUGGCUCAACAGGUACCUGUUCUCCACCCUCAAUGACUUCUCGGCCAGCCAGGACAUCGUGGUGCUCUGCGCCCAGCUGGCAGAGACACUGCAGGCGGACUGUCCUGCGGCCAAGAGGGACACCCGGAUCCUGCAGAUUUGCCAGCACAUCGAGGGUAUCUGUGAGAGCAUCGUGUGCUGCAGCCCCCCGGCCCUGCUGGACCGCAGGGCUGUGCUGCAGCGUGUGGAGCUGCAGGGCAGCCCCCCCGUGUCCCCUGGCACCCUGAUGCUGCCCUGUCCCCUAACGCCACCCUCCGAGCCCUUGGGGAGCACCCCCCACCUCUUCACUGCCCCACUGGGUCUCAACAUCACCUCCACCACCUCCUGCCUGCACUUUGUGUCUGCAGCUACCUCGGAGGCCCUGGCUGCCCAUAGGGGCCUCAUCCUGCCCGGAGAUGAGAUCGUGCAGGUCAAUGAGCAGAUUGUGGUGGGUUGGACACGCGUCAACCUGGCAAAGAAGCUGCUGGAGAACGGGAGCAGAGUGACACUGGUGCUGAAGAAGAUCCCCCUUGACCCACCCGGCUCCCCACCCCCUCCCAGGCAGCAGCUCCUGGAACCAUUUGUGGAUGCUGCAGAGUCCUCCAGCACCAGAAGCAGUGAGUGCAGCCCCAUGUCCCUGACCCCCAGUGCUGCUGACUUUGACUCGGGGCCAGACUCUGCCCUGGACCCUGUCACGGACGAAGAGGCAGGAGAGGACAAGAGCCUGAGGCUGCCCAGAGAGGCUGUGGGGCAGCUGGCAGCACUGCCCUGCUAUGGUAGGAGGGGAGCAGAGGGGGUACAUGGGGUGCAGCGGUUACUGGGGCAGAAGCUGCAGCCCCCAUUGCUGUGUGCAGGUGCUGCAGAGGAGGUGGCGCAGGACAGGGGCUCCCCUCCGGGCACCCCUGCUGCAGAGCUCAGCCCCAUGGCAGCCCCUGCGGAUGGGGCUGGGGGUGCAGAGCUCAGCCAGCACCGUCAGGAGGGCAGCCCCCAGAGAGGACACAGACCCAAAGGGGUGGCGACCAGGCUGAGCCGCCGGCGGGUGUCGUGCCGGGACCUGGGCCGGGUGGACUGCGAUGGUUGGCUCCUCAAGAAGAAGGAGCACGUGGGCUUCAUGGCCCACAAGUGGAAGCGAUGCUGGUUUGUGCUCAAGGGACACACAUUGUACUGGUACCAUCACCCCAACGAUGAGAAGGCUGUGGGACUGCUCAAUGUGGCCACCUAUGACCUGGAGAGCACAAGGGAGCAGAAGAAGAAAUACGUGUUCCAGCUCUGCCAUCAGAGGUACAAACCCUUCAUCUUCGCUGCAGAGACGUUGGCUGAUUUGAGCAUGUGGGUCAGUCACUUAAUAACAGCCAAAACAAAGCACACGCUGGCACACCAGUCAGUCCCAGACAGGGAGGAAGACUGCUACAGUGAGACAGAGGCUGAGGAUCCUGAUGACGAGAGCCCCAGGCCUGGCUGUGACCUGCCAGGGAAGAGGUUACAGAACACCCCAGAUAAAGCCCCACUGCCCCCGGCUUGCAGUGAGCCCAGCAGCCCCCAGCCCUGUGCAUCCACGGAACCUAGUGGGGAGGACCUGGAGUGCCUGAUGCGGAGCCUGAAGCAGGGGGGGGUGUCCCUCAUGGGGCGGCAGCUGACGCAGGAGCAGUACCGCAGGUCCUUCAUCCGCCGCAGCAAGAACCCCCUCAUCAAUGCCAAGGUGCACAUGGUGCGCGCCCUGCAGAGCACGCUCAAGGCGAAGCUGCUGGAGCUGCAGGCGCUGGAGCAGCUGCUCAGUGAUGCUGCCCUCACCUCCGAGAGCUUCUCCCGCUGGAAGCAGGAGCACCAGGAGCUGUACCAGGAGCUGCAGCAGGGCUGGACCAGGCGGCAGGGCCAGGACCAGGACAUGGGGCUUGGGGCUGAGCGAGGCCUCCCCCAGGAGGGGGCUGAACCCUGAACCCCCCCCCGAUGUGUCUGCAGUGCUGUGGGGCAGAGCGGGUGCUGUGCCCAUGCAGGGAUGUGUGCAGGACAUGGGUGAGGCUCAGCCCCCAGCAUGGACCUGCCGCAGGAAACGUGGCUCCUGCUCCAUCCCCUUCCCUUGGCUGGGACCUGCCCUGAGCAGUGACUGUUCCCAAGGAUGUUCUGCCUCACCUGCUGCUGAGGACAUGGGAUAGACCAAGGCUGCAGAUCCCCACUGGGCUUUGGCCUAUCCCCAAUGCUAACCCUCCAUCGCUCCACUUUUCUCCCCUUUGUCUCUCCAUUUUCCUCUCUCAUUACACUUCUCUCUUGCUUCCAUCCCUCUCAUUCUCAGUAUCCCCUUUCCUAGCUCCUUGUGCCACACUUCCCUCUGUACACCACCUCGGAUGCCUCAGAACCUACCUGCCAAAGUGCAGGUGUCCACCCCCUGUUCCUAACCCUAAGUGGCCAGGACAGGAAGCUGGUGCUGGGCAUCACCUGCAGAUGGUGAGCUCCGGACAGUGCCACCACCAUGGCAAUCCAGCCUUGCCUUGCCACCUAAAGGACCCCACCUGGGUCCUGCCCCCUCAGGUGCCCCAAGCCCAGCUCUGAGUGCACCCAUCCCUAAACAGCCAGUGCUAACCUGAAAUAAACUGGUUUUGUGUAAGGA